GCAUUAUAUAUAAACGUCCUCGUGUUGCUUUUGACGGGUCUCUAGGAAAUACUCGACUGGCAGUCCGUGUGUCCGAGUCCAAGUUUUUUUUACUUCGCUUCGUUUAGUGUUUCUUUGGCGUGAGAAUGUUAACACACAGCAUAAUGACAUCGGUGAUAAUUGGAGCUUAUGUAGUUCUUUGGAUAGCUCCAGUAUCUCCUAAGAGUGUCGUCUGCUACUUCCUAAACUGGGCUCAGUACAGGCCUGCACCAUGUAGUCACACAGUCAGAAACAUCAACCCAUUUUUGUGUACGCACGGAGUGUAUGCAUUCUCCAAGUUAGACGGAAACAGGAUCGCGCCCACAGAAUGGAAUGAUGACACACCCACUGGUCAGUGGCGCCAGUUCAACGACUUGAAAAAGAUCAACCCGAACUUCAAGACGCUGCUCUCUGUUGGCGGCUACUUGCAUGGUUCCUACAGAUUUCACCUGAUGGCCAAGACUCAAGCGAACAGGGCCGAGUUUAUCUCCUCGACCAUUGCUUUAUUGAGGAAUUGGACAUUUGACGGCCUGGACAUUGACUGGGAGUAUCCUGGGAACGACUCGCCAGACGACAUGUCCUAUCUAACCGAGCUUUUAAAGGAACUCCGAGAAGCUUUCCACCAAGAAUCCAUAUCUAGUAAGAGAAGUCCUCUACUUUUGUCUGUAGCUGUUGCUUCUGGUGUCUGGCAGGCAUCGUCCUCCUACAACGUGACGUCAUUAGACCAGUAUGUCGAUAUGGUCAACGUUAUGACCUAUGACUACCACGGGUCAUGGCAGAAGACAACUGGACUUAACGCGCCAAUGUUCUCUAAUGAUGGACUGGAUGUGCACUCCACCAUCACUUGGUACACAAACAAUGGGCUGAGAGCUGACAAGAUUUUCUUAGGCAUAGCGCUUUAUGGGCGUACAUGGACUCUAGCUGACCCCAGUCUGAACGGUGUCGGGGCACCGGCUGUAGACUCAGGCAUCGCUGGGAACUGCACCAAAGAAAAAGGAACUCUUGCUUACUUUGAGAUUUGUGAUCUGUUACGAAACAAAGGCUACACUGAGACUCUGGACUACAUAGGUCAACAGAAAUAUGCUUACAAUGGCGAUCAGUGGGUAUCCUACGAUGAUAAACAGUCCCUGAACAUAAAGAUGGACUACAUCGACGGGUUUAACCUUGGCGGGGCUAUGGUCUGGGCGCUGUCUGAUGAUGACUUCAGUGGUCAGUUCUGCGGCGAGGGCAACUAUUCCAUCUUAGGAUAUGUCACUAGCAGAUUGAGCGAUCAAAGUACAACUUUCUCAACGACUGUCACAUCCACAACAAAGACAGCUUUUUCUACAGCGGCUGAAACAACUACUGUAGCAACCACAACUGCAACUACAAAACCAACCUCCACAACGACGACAACCAUACCAACUACUACCCCUACAUCUACAACAACAAAACCAACCACUUUAACGACAGUAUCAACAACUACAACAACAUCUCCACCACCACCAACAACAACAACCACAAAACCAACCACUACAACGACUACAUCAACCAUUUCAACCACAACAUCUAUACCAACAACUACAACAACAAAAACUACAACUCCCACACUAACCACCACAACAGCAGCACCAACAACCACUACUACAAAACCAACCACUACGACUACGUUGACCUCCUCAACCACAUCUAUGCCAACUACAACAAAAACUACUACAACCGUUGCGCCAACCACCACCACUGAAGCACCAACAACCACUACUACAAAACCAACCACUACAACGACUACGUCGACCACUUCAACCACAACUUCUAUACCAACAACUACAACAAAAACUACUACAACCACUACGCCAACCACCACAACAGCAGCACCAACAACCACUACUACAAAACCAACCACUACAAUGACUACGUUGACCACUUCAACUAAAACAACUACAACAACAAAGCCAACUACUACAACAGCAGCACCAACGACUACCAAAAUAUCUUCAACUACAGUGUCAAUAACAUUGGCACCAACAACUACAACUGCAAAACCAACCACUACAGCCCCAACAACAACAUCGAUACCGAUAACUACAUCAAAGCCAACCAGUACAACGACGGCUCCAACUACUACAAUAUCUACUUCUGCAACCACUUCCACAACAACUACAACAGCAAAGCCGACUACUACACCGGCUAUGCCAACCAUUACAACCUCAACAACAGCAUCAAUAUCAACAACUACAACAACAAAGCCGCCAACCACUACAACGACGGCACCUUCUAGUACAACAUCAACGACUGCAACUACUUCUACAACACAAAAACCAACAACUACAUCCCAAGCAACUGCACCAACAACAAAACCAACCACUACAACCGCUGCGCCCACUAUUAUGACGACGACAGGUGCGCCAACAACUGCAACAAUAAAACCAACUACCCAACCAUCUCUACAGACAUCCACGACCGCAGCACCCAUCCAAAAGGCUUUCAUUUGUCCGAAAUCCUAUGGUUUCUUCGCUGACCCCUACAGCUGCUCAGCUUACUACGUGUGUUCGUCCGGCGUUGCUAUACCGGUGAAGUGUCCACAAGGAACAGUGUAUAACUCUGACAGUGUCCGGUGUGAGAAUCAGCUGACCACGAAAUUUGUUUGCACGAUCUAAAUAAAUAUAACACAAUAUUAGGUGGUCAAA